AACUGGAGCUCAGCUUCAGAACACAUAUUCAAAUGAUAACUCUAACAGUGUGGCAGACAACACUGCUUUAAAAUAAGAGUCCACCAUCUGAAGGUGAAGAGGCCACUGAAUCUGAGACAAAACCACCUAAAUGCAAGUGGAGACAUGGGGAAAGGCUUGUACAUCAGCAAAGCGGUGGCAGUAACCUGUGUGGUUGUAGCCAUCGCCGCCUUCGCCACCAUCAUAGCCCUGUCUGUGGUUUACGCUCAGGAGAAGUCCAAGAAUGAAGUGACAUCUACAUCCACCACCAGCCCUACCGCCACCACCUCCCCGGGCAGCACCACGGCAUCCGUCCCAAAGGAGCCCUGGCAGCGCUACAGACUUCCAGACUCCCUUACUCCUAUCUCCUACAAUGUGACCUUGUGGCCCCGGCUGGAGCCCAUCACAGAUGACCUGUACAUCUUCACUGGACACUCCGCAGUGGUUUUCAGAUGUGUGAGGGAGACUGACCUCAUCCUCAUCCACUCCAACAAGCUGAACCUCACCACCUUCGAGGGAUACCAUGCCCAGUUGAAAGCCUUGAAUGGAGGCUCUGCUCCCACCCUGAAAAAAACCUGGCUGGAGGUUCCCACCCAGUACCUGGUGGUCCAGCUCAACAGCCCACUGCAGGCUGGCAAUACGUACGAGCUCUUCACUCAGUUUGUUGGAGAGCUGGCCGACGACCUGGGAGGAUUCUACAGGAGUGAAUACUCUGAAGAUGGGGUGAAGAAAGUUGUGGCCACAACUCAGAUGCAGCCAACAGAUGCCAGGAAAGCCUUCCCUUGCUUCGAUGAGCCAGCUAUGAAAGCUGUCUUCCACAUGACUCUCAUUCACCCCCAGGAGACCGUGGCUCUGUCCAAUGCCAUGAACUACGACCCUGUUAACAUCACCGUGGAUGGCCAGAAUUUAAUCCAGACAAGAUUUGAACCCACAGAGAUUAUGUCAACCUACUUGCUGGCUUUUGUUGUCUGUGAUUUUGCCUACAUUGGGACGAAUCCAAGUGCCCAAGUUUUGAUCAGGAUCUGGGCUCGCAGGAAGGCCAUAGAGGAGGGCCAAGGAGACUAUGCCCUUGAAAAGACUGGACCCAUAUUGGCGUUCUUUGAGGACUACUACAAUUCUUCCUACCCCCUGAAGAAAUCAGACCAGAUCGCUCUUCCUGACUUCAGUGCUGGAGCCAUGGAGAACUGGGGCCUGAUCACCUACAGAGAGACUGCCCUUUUAUAUAAUCUUGGUGUGUCGUCCAAUGGAGACAAGGAGUGGGUUGCAACAGUCAUCUCUCAUGAGCUCGCUCAUAUGUGGUUUGGGAACUUGGUGACCAUGAAGUGGUGGAAUGACUUGUGGCUCAAUGAGGGAUUUGCCACCUACGUCUCUUAUCUUGGAGCCAACUACGCUGAACCAAUGUGGAAUAUGACAGAUUUAAUUGUUCUGAAUGAGAUUAUUGGUGUGAUGGCUGUGGACGCUUUGGCCGCCUCCCAUCCCCUUUCAACCAAAGAGGAGGACAUCCUGAAGCCAGAGCAGAUCAGUGAACUGUUCGACGCCAUCACAUACAGCAAGGGCGCUGCAGUCCUCAGGAUGCUCUCAGAGUUCAUCACUGAGACCGUCUUUUCCAAAGGACUCCAUACAUACUUAGAGGAGUUCAAGUACAAAAACACAGUCUACACAGACCUCUGGAAGCAUCUGCAAAUGGCAGUGGAUAACGCUGGCAUAAAGCUGCCCUAUUCUGUGGAGGUUAUCAUGAACCGAUGGAUCCUUCAGAUGGGUUUCCCCGUGGUCACCAUCGACACCAAGACUGGAAAAAUCACCCAGAAACACUUCCUAUUGGAUCCAGACUCUGUAGUGGACAGACCUUCAGAGUUCAAUUACGAGUGGUUUGUUCCUAUUACGUGGAUUAAGACUGGUGCACCUGAACAACAGUACUGGCUUGUUAACAAAGAAGCCACAAAUGAGGACAUGAUUCUUGGUGUUAAUGACUGGUUGGUGGCCAACAUAAAUAUGAAGGGCUUCUACAGAGUCAACUACGACUCUGAAAACUGGGAGGGUCUUCUCACCAAGCUCAGCUCCCAACAUGAGGAUAUUCCAGUGAUCAAUCGGGCUCAAAUUAUCGAUGAUGCUUUUAACCUUGCAAGGGCAAAGAUAGUGAACACAACUCUGGCUCUGAGGACGACCAAGUUCCUCAAUAAAGAAGUAGAGUACAUGCCCUGGCAGACAGCCAGGAGAAACUUGGACUACUUCUUCCUCAUGUUUGACCGCAGCGAGGUGUAUGGACCCAUGCAGGCUUACAUAAAGAAACAGGUCACUCCUCUUUUUAACUACUUCAGAGAUCUCACUCUCAACUGGACAAAGGUCCCUGAAAAGCACACUGACCAGUAUAAUCAGGUGAAUGCAAUCUCCUUGGCCUGCAGUACUGGAGUGGAAGGUUGUGAGGAUCUGACCAGUAGCUGGUUCAAAGAGUGGAUGCAAAACCCUGCUAACAACAAAAUUAGUGCCAACUUGAAGUCCACAGUGUACUGCAGUGCAAUCGCAGCAGGAGGAGUGAAGGAAUGGAACUUUGCAUGGUCCAUGUACAAGAACGCUACGAUCGCUUCAGAAGCUGAUAAACUUAUGUAUGCUCUGUCCUGCACCAAACAGCCCUGGCUGCUGAACAGGUAUCUGGAGUACUGUCUGGACCCAAAGGAGAUCCGUAAGCAGGACGCCACUUCCACCAUUGCUUACAUUGCCAGUAACCCCAUCGGUCAGCCUCUGGCUUGGGACUUUAUCAGAUCCAACUGGAAUCACAUAUUCAAUGACUAUGGUGGUGGAUCAUUUUCCUUUGGAAGACUAAUUGAUGGAGUGACCAAACGGUUCUCUACUGAUUUUGAGUACAAGCAGCUGCUGCGGUUCAAAGAAGACAAUGAAGGACAGUUUGGCUCAGCCACCGGGGCUCUUGAGCAGGCACUUGAGAGAACCAAGGCCAACAUGGACUGGGUGGCCAUGAACAAGAAACAGGUGCUUGAAUGGUUCACCAGUGAAGCCUCUUCCCCAGUUUAAAAACCCAAACACUCAGUACACAGUUUUCAGAUUUUAUCCUCCAUCUAAAAUCCAAUUUAUUAUGAAAUAUUAUGUAUAUUCUAAUUGCGAUGGAGAUUUUUAAAAAUGUUUUUAAAGUUUUGAUAAAGCCGUUUUAUGGAUAAAGACUAUUUAAUACCCAAGUCUGAUUUUGUAUCUGAAAAAUAUGUUAUUUGCUGUGUGUACUGUCAAACCCUGACAUCAUUUUAAAGAUAACAGAAUUUCGCAUCACGUGAUAUUCUGUGCUCACCAAAUGUAUGCAUCUUCUGUGGAUGCCAAUCUAUGAAAUAAAAGCC